UUUUUCAACCUUUCCCAUAAAUUACCUCCUUCCUUAUCUUCCCUCUUUCUUCGAAGUUUCGUCUCUGUUCGUCAAAAAAGAUUUUCUCUCAGAGGUUUUAUCGGGGAAGAAGAUAUUAACAUCUUAUAAGAUCCAAGUCAGAGAUCUAAACGGCCUUAGUCUCCGAUGGGAACGCUUCAGUCAUUCAGAAGAGCAUACGGAGCCCUAAAAGACACCACUAAAGUCGGCCUCGUCCGAGUCAACAGCGAUUACGCCGAUAUAGAGGUUGCCAUAGUCAAAGCUACUAACCAUGUCGAGUGUCCUCCCAAAGAUCGCCAUCUCACGAAGAUCUUCAUCGCCACGUCAGCAACUCGGCCUCGUGCAGAUGUUGCUUACUGCAUUCACACUCUCUCUCGCCGGUUGCACAAAACCAGAAACUGGACGGUUGCGUUAAAAUCAUUGCUUGUUCUACACCGACUUGUAAGGGAGGGAGAUCCUACGUUUAGAGAAGAGUUAUUGAACUUUUCUAGAAAAGGACGCUUUUUGCAGCUUUCUAAUUUCAAGGAUGACUCAUCCACAGCGGCAUGGGAUUGUUCGGUUUGGGUACGCGCUUAUGCUUUGUUUCUUGAGGAACGGCUUCAAUGCUUUAGGAUUUUGAAAUAUGAUAUUGAGGCUGAGCGUCUUCCGAAAGUUACCCCAGGGCAGGAGAAGGGGUAUAGCAAAACAAGGGGUUUAGAUGGUGAAGAUCUCUUGGAACAGUUACCUGCUUUACAGCAGCUUCUGCAUCGUCUCAUUGGUUGUAAGCCAGAAGGUGCUGCGAAGCACAAUCAUAUCAUACAAUAUGCACUCGCUCUGGUGUUGAAGGAGAGCUUUAAAAUUUAUUGUGCCAUCAAUGAAGGCAUUAUCAAUCUAGUAGAAAAGUUCUUUGAAAUGCCAAGACAUGAGGCCGUCAAGGCCCUUGAUAUAUACAAACGCGCGGGUUUGCAGGUAACUUUGUUGAGUUUUUUUAAUCUGUUGGAUCCAUUUAGAUUCCACUUAACGAGGGGUUGUCUAUCUAUGCAGGCUGGCAACCUUUCUCAUUUCUACGAAGUAUGCAAAGGAUUAGAACUUGCUAGGAAUUUCCAGUUUCCUGUUUUAAGAGAGCCUCCACAAUCGUUUCUUGCAACUAUGGAGGAGUAUAUGAGAGACGCACCUCAAAUGGUUGACGUCUCAGAUGGGCCACUGCUUCUGACAUAUAGGCCGGAUGAAGAGCUUUCUGAAGAACCUUCGCAUGAAGAACAUGAACCAUCAUUGCCGUCCGAUAUUACUGUUAUUCCCUCUGAAGAGACCCAACCUCCUGCUUCAGCAGAAACUCCACAGAAUAUCAUUGACACAGAUGAUCUAUUGGGUCUGAACAACAACGAUGCACCUGAUCCAUUAGAAAUCCUGGAUCAAAAUGCGCUUGCUUUGGCGUUAGUUUCUACUGAUGUUGAAUCCUCGAUCUUUGAUUUUACUCAAACAAGCAAUUCGGAUCCGUCAGGAUGGGAGCUUGCCUUGGUUACAACACCUAGCAGUGAUAUAUCAGCAGCCACAGAGAGGCAAUUGGCGGGUGGCUUAGACACGCUCACCCUGAACAGCCUUUAUGACGAUGUAACCUACAGAGGAGCCCCACAGCCUACUUACGGCGCACCAGCUCCUAAUCCGUUUGAGGUUCAAGACCCGUUUGCAUUUUCCAACAGCGUUCCGCAGCCUUCAGCCGAAAUCAACCCAUUCGGCCCAUACCAGCCAGCCUAUCAGCAACAACAACAGCAAGAGUUUCAGCCUGCAGCAGGCGCUUCAAAUCCUUUUGGUGACUUUGAAGAUUUUCCAGUAGAUGCGGUUUCAGAACCGCAAAAGACCAUCGGUUUUGGGCAAUUUUCAGUAGCCAAUGUUUCACAACCACAAAUGACCACCGGUUUUGGGGAACUUCAAGUAGCCGCGGUUUCAGAACCGCAAAUGAUGACAUCCGGUUUUGGGGAAUUUUCAGUAGCCAAUGUUUCACAACCACAAAUGAGCACCGGUUUUGGUCCAGUAUCCGCAGUUUCAGAACCACAAAUGACCACCGGUUUUGAGGAUUUUCCAGUAUUUGCUGUUUCAGAACCGCAAAUGACCACCGGUUUCGAUGAAUUUCCAGUAGCCACAGUGUCAGGACCUCAGAUGAUGACAUCCGGUUUUGAGGACUUUCCAGCAUUCGCGGUUUCAGAACCGCAAAAGACAUCCGGUUCUGGGGAAUUUCCAGUAGCCACAGUUUCAGGACCUCAGAUGAUGACAUCCUUCGAGGAAUUUCCAGCAUUCGCGGUUUCAGAACCGCAAAAGACAUCCGGUCUAGUAGUCCCAGUUUCAGAAGAGCAAAAGAACUCCGGUUUGGGGGAAUUCUCAGUAAUUACGGCUUCAGAGCCGCAAAAGAGCACUGGUUUUGGGGAAUUUCCAGCUAACGCAGCAGGUGCUCAUCAACAAUAUAACACCAACCCUUUUGGUGGCUUGUGA